CGCGGAGAAACAUUCCUAUGACCUCAUCUUGGACUCGACCGUUAUUUUGCUUUGACGAGCGAAAGAUCUCUCCACUCCUUGGCUGUCUCGCUUGAUCUCAAAUCCCUGACAUGUCCGAUCCGCUGGUUACCGGCGAUCUACGAUUUUCGCCCGACGGGGACGCUGUAGUACCCUGACACCGGCUGCGAUCGACUCGCAGUCUCUUUCUUCGGAAUCACGAUGCUAUAAAGACUCUCAAAACGAGUUUCGUCGGUGGUGAACGAAUACCCCCUUGUUUCGACUUGGCGCUCGAACGCUCUUCCUCUUCAAACCGCCAUCCUCACAGACUCUGCCAGCUUUGUCGUCCCCGCAGUCUUGAAUUGACUCGAUCAUGGUGGAAGUGACUGUGGCUGCCGCGAAGCUGACGAUUGGGGCUCUGGAGAUCUCGGUUUUGGUCGGGACAUUUCUCUACGCUAUCACUUGCGCUCAAAUAUACGUGUACUGGAGGAGCAAUUUCAAUGACCGCUUCCUCAUCCGUUUGUUGAUUGCGGCUGUCUGGCUGGGCGAGACCAUACAUACUAUUUUCUUCUGGAUUCAUCGAUACCAGGUGACCGUCACCUAUUACGGCGAACCGAAUUCCCUCACCCUGAAAAGCUGGGCUCUCGAUUAUUCCAUCCCGGUCCAUGGCAUCAUUAGUGCUCUCGUCCAGAUGUACUAUUCCUGGCGUGUACGCGUUCUGUCCGGGAGAAGUCUCGUCACGAUCAUUAGUUGGAUAGGUUCAUUCCUUGAGGUCGUCGGCUCUAUCACCGUCACCGCGCUGCUCGAGAUAUAUGGACCUGUAACCCACGUGAAUACCGUCACCUACGCCGCAAUCGCUACCAUCUCGAUGGACGUCAUCGUGGAUAUCAUAAACACGGCCGCCUUGUGCUACUGCUUGCAUAGGAAACGAACGGGAUUCCACAAAACCGACACGCUCAUCAAUACCAUCACUCUAUGGACCGUCGAAAGCGGGAUCAUCACCUUGAUUACGGCCAUAGCUAUGCUCAUCACCUGUAUAGUGAUACCGGAGACAGAAAUCUACGUCUCCCUGACCGCUUUCUAUGCCAAACUGUACUCGAACUCAUUGAUGGCAUCAUUCAACUCCCGGGGACCGUUGGGACCAGGAAAGUUCACGUCAAACGACUUCGACGGAAGCUUGCAUAUCAGCGUCACCACCUCCCAGAUCAAGACCCAAUCCGCCUCCCACGUCCUUCCCCGCUUCGCGCCCUGGCGCGGCCCAACCGACGUCGACUCCUACCCCCUCACCACCCGCGGCGUCAACGCCUCCAAAGACGAUUCAGACGACAACUCCGGCGCGCAAGACGUCGACGCUUUCGAUUCCACCGACAAAGCCACUGGCCUUGUGCGCGAGACGUACAUCGACGGCACGGGGCCGGGGCCGCUGCCGCAGAAGAGUUCGAGUUUGAAGGGGCAUGGGCAGGUGCAGGGCUGAGGAAGGACAUGAAGAGCGUGGAUGAGUCGGAUUGUACGACCAUUGCAGAGUUGAGGGAUGAGUCUGGCAAAUAAUGCCUCGCCCGCGCCGUCAAAAUGACCACGGUGUCGUCAAUCCUUCCCGCGGUCCUUGUACCUACUGUACUAGUAGUCAGGCUUCAAUGUACGUUCCUACAACACAUACUGGCAACCGAGGUUUAUUACUACCAUUUCUUCAUCACCGCCUUCGCCCUUCGCCCUCCAUUCACCCCCACUCUCCACCCUCCACCGUCCUUUCUUCCUCUGGUUUCGAAUGGAAGUCGACUGUCCCACUUCAUUCAAUCUUCGUUUAAAUGGUUGUGUCUAUACGGUCUUUUCUCCGCUGGUUUCUUUCCCUCCCCACCGGUAUAUGUCA